AAAUAAUAGGCUGCCAAUGUCCGUCCUCCAGUGCUGUAGGCGGCAGUAAAUCUUUCACAAGUCGCCAAGAUACUCGGUCAUAUUGUUUGGAGCAAGACUCUGCAUCUCGUGUGAUUUUAUUUAUUUAGAUUUUUUUUUUAAUUUGUUGUGCAAUUUUAUGUCCCGGAUUAUUAAUAACCACUUGAUCUAAAGGGCAGGUAUGGCGAUUCCGUAAAACGGCGUAGUAUGUUGGGCAGUUUCGACUGGCAGUAGUAACCCUGUUGGUUGGCACUUCUGUGCUUUUUCUGAUGAUGCCCAUCACCACCGUUUUCGAACAACGGGCUCUUUCAUGGCUUCCCAAGGGUAAGCAUGGUCACAUGCUUAGAGGGUCUCGGUGGCUCACAAAGGAAAUCGACAAGUAACACAGAAUCAGAUAGAAAGAAGACAGUUAGCGGACAGCAGUUGACCCAAAUAAGGGAGUGAAAUGCCACAGGUGACAGAUUGACUUGACUUCAGAGGUCAUGGCCCUGUGUAUUAAAAGUGAACCUGAACUUUGCUUCAUCCGUCCAGCGGAUACAGCUGCCAUGCAGAAUCUUGAUACUGAGAAAAUUCGCUUGGGAUUGUGUGUGGAAUCUCAACAUGCACAGACAAGGAUUAUUGACCAUGACACUAUCUGGACAUCACAACAUGCUGACUCUCAGUACACUGAUGGAGAUGAAGUUGCCAUCCACCAAAACAAUUGUGUCACACGCGGAUUUACAGCUGAAAAAAGUGCGGUGCAUCUCUGUGAACAGGAUCACAAAGAGAGAUCAGAAGCAGAUGCAUUAUUUCAUGAUGAUCAGCCUGCUUUUUCCUUUCUGAAUAAGAAUUGCACUCAUGAAGAAUCUGAUUGGUCAGGCUCUACCCAAUCCAGAAGUAGUUCUAUUGAUGCAUUUAAUAUAAAAUUAUACACGCAACAUAGCUCAAAUGGAAUUCUCUCUGCUUCGGAUUUUGUAAGCUAUGGAUCAUAUUUGACCUCAGCAAAAUCGAGGAAAACCCUAUCGGGUGAAAAAACAUACAGUUGUAAUGAGUGUGGAAAGAGUUUCACAAAUACCGCUGCCUUAACGAGACACACGAAAACACACUCGACUGAAAAAAAAUGCAUCUGUGCUCAGUGUGGCAAAGGAUUUAUUAAUCAGUCAUACUUGAAGAAACACCAGAGAGUUCACACAGGUGAAAAGCCCCAUGUAUGUUCGGAAUGUGGACAGAGAUUUACUGUGUCAUAUUCUUUAAAAGUGCACAUGAGGUUUCAUUCUGGUGAAAAACCAUAUCAGUGCACCGACUGUGGAAUGAGGUUUUUUACCCGAGCAACCUACAAGAACCACAUUUUAAACCAUUCUGGAGAAAGACCAAAUGUCUGUGGUCAGUGUGGAAAGAGUUUUAAGGAUGCAGCCUCUUUACGAAGACAUUGUCACUCUGAGAAACCUUACAGCUGUAGUGAAUGUGGAAAGAGUUUUACCAGGUUAUUCCGCUUAACUAUACACAAGAGGGUUCACUCUGGGGAAAAACCGUACAACUGUACUGAAUGUGGAAAGAGUUUUACUCAGGCAGCAAAUUUAAAGAUACAUAUGAGAAUUCAUUCCGGUGAGAAGCCGUACAGUUGCACUUUGUGUGAGAAAAGUUUUACACAAGGAAGCGGAUUAACAGUACAUAUGAGAACUCAUUCAGGAGAAAAACCAAGUAUGUGUGACCAUUGUGGGAAACAUUUUAAGUAUAUGUCUUACUUAAAAAGACACCUUAAAGUUCAUUUUGGUGAAACAUCACAAGGCAGAUUGGCAAUGACUGUUAAAACUGAAUCUGAUUCAGAUUGUGCCAACACAGCAUGUACAGCCAUCAUACAAAGUGCCAAUGUUGAUGAACUCUAUCUGAAUGCAGGACAAAUCAAAUCUGAACAUGUUGAUCCAGAUUAUGUUCAGGUGACAGAAGACCCCAAUACACAGUGUGUCGAUAGUGAGAAAUUUACUGAAGCAAAACUUGAGUCAAGAGGACGUCUAGCAAUUUUCAAGAAAAUGGACAAUUCAGAUGCAAUGCAGGAUCUCCGUAUUGUCAAGGUGGGACUAGAAGAAUGUCUGGCAUCUGAGCAAAUUAAAAUUGAAACGAUUGAUCCAGGCUAUGAUCAGGUGAGAGUCAAUGUUGAUUCACAGUUUGAUGGUGACAAAAUAUCAGAUGUGAAGUGUGAACUUAGUGACAGUGUAACAGAUUUCGUUGAGUUUGCAACUAAUUCUGAGCCUGAGCUGUGUAAAGAGGACGAAGAAGAGAGAUGUAAAAGGGAUUUAUUAACUCCAGAUACUGGACAGUUGUCAUUUUCCAGAAAUGAUCACAAUAAUCAAGAAAGUUAUUGUGUCGAUUCAUUCCAAAUAGAGCAGCACCAGCAGGAUAACUCAAAUAUGAAUAAGCAUGGUUGUUUGGAUUGUGGAAAGAGUUUUAAAAGCCCUUCUACCUUAAAAAUACACAAAAAAACUCAUUCAAGUGAAAAAACACACAGAUGUAAUGAAUGUGGGAAGACCUUUGCAAAUCGGACCUAUUUGGCUAAACACGAAGAAACUCAUUUAACAGAAAAAACAUACAUUUGUCACCAGUGUGGAAAAGGAUUCACGAACAGAUCCUACUUAAAGAAACACCAGAGGGUUCACUCAGGAGAAAAGCCCCACAUUUGUUCUGAGUGCGGACAGAGGUUUACUGUAGCUUAUUCCUUAAAAGUUCACAUGAGAUUCCAUUCAGGUGAAAAACCGUAUCAGUGUGCUGAGUGUGACAUGAGGUUUUACACCCGAGCAACUUUUAAAAACCAUCUGUUAAAUCAUUCUGGAGAAAGGCCAAAUAUCUGUGGCAAAUGUGGGAAGAGUUUUAAGGAUGCUGCAUCUUUAAGACGACAUUGUCACUCUGAGAGACCUUACACUUGUACUGAAUGUGGAAAGAGUUUUACUCGAGCAAUUCACCUAACAGUGCACAAAAGGAUUCAUUCUGGUGAGAAACCGUACACUUGUACAGUAUGUGGUAAAUGUUUUAGGCAGGCAAACUGCUUAACAAAUCACUUGUGGAUUCAUUCUGGUGAAAAACCAUAUAGCUGCACUCUUUGUGGGAAAGGUUUUACACAAGUAAACUGCUUAAAAAAACAUUUGAGGGUACAUUCUGGUGAAAGACCCAACUGCUGUGAAUAUUGUGGAAAAUGUUUUACGGAUGUGUCAUAUUUAAGAAGACAUCUUAAAGUGCACUUGGGGGAAAGACAUCAUUGUUGCACUGUGUGUGGAAAGAAAUUUUCUGACAUCAGUAACUUAAAAAAACAUGAGAGGAUCCAUUCAAUUGAAAAAGGUGAUAUAGAGAUUUUAGGCCUAAACUCUUGAAGAAAAAAAUUAAAAACAUGCAUCACACACUGUUAUGUAAAUGGAUACCCUAGAAAUUUCUAAAACUUAAAUUUAACACAUUUGAAAUAUGUUCAAAUAUUUUAAGUGUUUUAAAUUAUUCAACAUUUUUCUGUGUAAGUGAAGUCUGCUAGCCUUUUGUAAAGAGUGAUCACCUCUUGCACAGAUAAAUUAAUUAUUCUUUGUGAAAAUUUUAUAAUGCUAAUCAUGAACUUGUGACUAUUUAAUCUGUUUAUCAAUGUAUACUUAUUCUACCUAUGUAUGUUUACAUUGUCAUUGUUUUCAUCGUUUGUUUAAUUUUUUUAAGUUUAAGUGAUCACCUCUUCCACAGAUAAAGGUGGAAUUAAAAUGAUAAAAUUUUCACAAAGGUUAAUCAUGAAUUUGUAACUGUUUGAUUUGUUAAUCUAUUAAUAAAUACUUAUUUUCCUA